ACCAGAUCGGAGUUCUAUAAACACCUUCCAAACUCUCUCUCUCUCUCCUUCCAUGGGAGAGAAGAAACCAAAGCUUUCCAUCGUCACUAUCUCGCAGCUUUAAUUGUCUCUCUAGAAAAUGUUACUGAGAAGCUCGUCUUCUCCGUUAUUGAAUUCCGUCGUGCCCAUUUACAGUGGGUCUUCGUCGCCGGACUCCGACGGGUAUGCCGUCCCGGCGACGAAGCUUCCCCGGACGCGAUCUGUCGUUUGCGCGACGCUCUGCGGCGUGUCUGAGGAUGGGCCGAUGGGGAAGGGGCUGAAGAGAUCCGGGUGCGGAUCGGAAUCGGGGAGCCCGAUGUUUCCUGGGAGGAACAGGGGUGGCGUCAUUAGGCUGCCGGCGACGGAGAGGCUGCCGGAGGAUUUCGUGUUCACGGAGGUGGGGAGGCUGCUGUCGAAUUCCGGCCUCGGGGAGGCCGAGGAGGCCGUGGAAGGCUGCUCCGCCCUGGCGGAGGACAGGGUGCCGCAGACGCUGGUGGUCGGCGGCGGAGACGGCGCCGGCGGGGGGAAAAUCUGCGGCGGCGGAGGCGGCAGAGGAAGAGGCUCCGACGACGGGUUCGGAUCCGGAUCUCACGACCACGACUCCAACCGCUGGAACCGGCACCACAACACCGACGCCUAUUACCAGAAGAUGAUCGAAGCCAACCCCGGCAACUCUCUCUUGCUCGCAAAUUACGCCAAAUUCUUGAAAGAGGUGAAAGGAGAUUGGAGAAGAGCGGAGGAGUACUGCGGGAGGGCAAUUCUGGCAAACCCUAACGACGGCAGUGUUCUAUCGCUCUAUGCUGAUUUGAUCUGGCAAACCCAUAGAGAUUCAGCUCGUGCCCAAUCAUACUUUGAUCAAGCUGUCAAAUCUGAUCCUGAUGACUGCUAUGUUCUAGCUUCGUAUGCUCGAUUUCUAUGGGAUGCAGAGGAUGAUGAGGAGGAGGAAGAAGAAGGCGAGGGAAAAAUGGGGUAUGGGAUUCGGAGGGGCAAUGCCGCCCCGGCAGCGCCAGAGUGGUUCCAUGGAGCAUCUCAAUUGACAGCCUCUUCUUCUUGAACUAAUCUCAUGAGCUCUACCCAUUAAUCUAAUCUCAUCAACUCAAAUCAUGUAAAUUGGAAGAAUUAUAAAAAAAAAGAUAUUUAUGUAUGAAAUAAUAAUGGGAAAAUUAGCCUACGUAAGAGAUGGAGAACAUGGCUAAUGGUGUAUAGAGUAUUUCAUAUUUUUGUAGACAUGUCAUCGGUAAAUACUUCAUCUGUUCUAAAAUAAAGUUUUUAUUUCGGU